AUGCUCAUCCAUGACCGCAGACACAAGAAAAUGAUGGGCAGCAAACAGGAAAAGAUGAUGACAGCAGUGGCUUAUCAUGAAGUAAAGGGUAGGGUGGAGGUGAGGGUGAGAAGUGAAUUCAAAGUCGAAUGGCACCCCACAACUCAAGGUGCAUCGGACAGGAACAACUGCGGAGGAAUGAGCCGCGAUUCCAUUGACUACAGAUUGACAUUUGUUAAGCGACCGGACGAGAUCACAGGAGAUGACGACCCAAAUGUUUACAGAGUGGAAAUGUCCUGUGGACACGCUGUGGAUCCCAUUUCACUCACGGAAUGGUGUCGGAUCCGUAUCAGCGAGGGUCAUUUCAAAUUCCACUGCCCUGCAGUAAUAGAUGGGAUAAAUGAAGGCUGUGGAAAGGAAUGGUCCUACAUGGAGGUGUGCAGACAUGCAUUGCUCUCUGUUGAGGAACGACAGGAUUUUGAAGAGAAACUUGCCACUCUCGCCGCUUCAAGUUACUGUGAAUACAAACAGUGUCCUAGGUGUGGGAGUUACGUGGAACGGAAAGAUGAGAUGAACAUGUCAGUGACUUGUUCAGUCUGCACAGCCAACGAUGGAAUCCCUUUUGAAUUUUGCUGGCAAUGUAUGAAGGAGUGGAAAGGCCCAGCUCCGCGAUCUGAUAAAUGUGAUAAUGAAGGAUGCAUUAAUAUCCAGCUGGAAACUUUGAAGAACUGUGACACAAAAAUGUUACCUUACAGCAAUAUUCAAAAUUGUCCAAAAAUCCGUGCUUGUCCCACUUGUGGGUUGCUUAUAGAACAUAAAGAUAUGUGCAAAUAUGUUGUUUGCAUCAGAUGCCAUGUGGAAUUUUGCUUUGCCUGCCUUAACACAAAGGCAAUUUGCAGUGAAUCAUCUGAGUAUUCUCUUAAUUGUGCUAUACCUGUAGCCCCAAGACUUGGCGCCCUCUUCGGAACCGGCCUCUAUGCAGGCACGCGUCGCUUUGUGAGCCGGUUCGAGUGCGCUGGGAAGUGGUUCGCCUCAUAA